UCUCGGCACCACCUCCCGGAGCUUGCUCUGCGAGCCGUGGCUGCCUGAACAGGACGCGCGGGCAAAAGAAGGGAGGUGGAGCCCUGCCAUGCAGCUCCCCAAGGACGCCACUGGGCAUGGCCCGCUGGCCUCAGUGACUAUUAUCCUCCCAGUGCACAAUGCUGAACAGUGGUUGGAUGAGUGCUUGGCGUCUGUUUUACAGCAAGACUUUGAAGGCACCAUGGAGCUCUCUGUUUUUAAUGAUGCCAGCAAGGACAAUUCUAGGACCAUCAUUGAGAAAUGGAAGGUGAAACUGGAAGAUUCUGGCAUCUCUGUAGUCAUUGGAGGCCAUGACUCUCCUUCUCCCAGAGGAGUUGGAUAUUCUAAAAACCAAGCAAUCGCACAGAGCACCGGGUCUUACCUUUGCUUUUUGGAUUCAGAUGAUGUCAUGAUGCCCCAGAGAGUGAGGCUGCAAUAUGAAGCCGCCGUGCAGCACCCAACGAGUAUCAUAGGAUGCCAAGUGAGGAGAGACCCCCCAGACUCUACAGAGCGAUACACACGUUGGAUCAACCAGCUGACAUCGGAUCAGCUGUUGACACAGGUGUUCACCUCCCAUGGCCCCACGGUGAUCAUGCCCACGUGGUUCUGCUCUCGGGCCUGGUUUUCCCAUGUGGGCCUGUUUGAUGAAGGAGGACAGGGGGUACCAGAGGACUUGCUGUUCUUCUAUGAGCACCUUAGGAAAGGGGGUGGCGUCUUCCGUGUGGACCACAACCUGCUCCUCUACCGCUAUCACCUGUAUGCAGCCACACAUUCGGUCCUUGAGAUUACCAUCUGGACCCACCGAGUCCACUUCCUAGAGGAACAAGUCCUACCCCGUUGGAAAUCCUUCACCAUUUGGAAUGCAGGCAAGCAGGGGCGUAGGUUAUACCGCAGCCUGACAGCAGCCAGUCGGUGCAAGGUGGUGGCCUUCUGUGAUGUUGAUGAGAACAAGAUCAGAAAGGGCUUUUACUGCCAUGAGGAGUCUCAGGAGAGACCCAAGCCGAAGGUCCCCAUCCUGCAUUUCCAAGCCGCCCGGUCACCCUUUGUCAUCUGUGUGAAGCUGGACCUCACAGGGGGUGCGUUUGAAGACAACCUGAAGUCACUGAACUUGCAGGAAGGCCGGGACUUCGUUCACUUCAGCUGAGGCUGCCGCCAGGUUUUUCUGUGUCGUCCUGGAACUCACAGUGCAGACCAGACUGGCCAUCCCAGCCUGCCUCUGCUGGGAUGAAAGGUGUGCACCACCAUUCCUGGAUGUUUCUCUUCACCCAGCGCAGUGAAGACCCAGCAAGAGCCAGAGUUCCUUCCUAUGAGGACAGAUUUUCCAUCUUCCAGUGCUGAGAACACAGCUCUGUGGAGUUCCAGCUUUAUUAGGUUUCUUGUGGCCUUUUAUCUACUUUGCCCUGCUACCACCAAAAUUUCAUUACUAGACGCAGGGACACAGCCUUGGGCACACAGCCUCUAGCUACUCUUUCUGCUUUUCAGCUCACAGAGUACUUGUGUUCUCUCUCUCUCUCUCUCUCUCCCUCCUUCCCUCCCUCCUUCCUCAGAGGCUAAAAGCUUAAUGAGCAACGUUCUGCAGGCCCUCCCAGGCCUAGGAUAUAGAGAGAUCAAAGAGGCAGGCAUGGGGCUACCACAGCAGGACAGGUAAUGUAGGUCUGGGACAGGAGGUGCAAAGGAUCCAGGCCUCGGGACCAGAGCUGUCCCAUAGUCCCACAGGGACACUGGAUUCUGAGGAUCUCUUGCUCAGACCAUGGUAGUACUGCUGGUGACGUAGCUGGCUCAGCAUGAGGCAGGAGAGAGCUGCCUGACACUGCAUGUGCCCAGCACUUCACACUCUCCACCAGGGUGUGAGCCAUCUGCCAUGCUACAUAAAUCACUCAGUGCCUAAAACCCAGCAGAACACCAGGAGUGGAACCCACGGUGGAUCUUCACAUAAGUCCCAGAGAUAGACAGAGGCCAGGCUGUAUGGGACAUGAUUUAAUGGGAAGCACAUGGUGUUAGGACAGCAGAAGUACGGGCAGACCAGGCCACCAGAGGACAGCAUGCAUGAAGAGCUACUGCUCUCUGUGGAUGGCCUCCCAGUCCAGCUAGCAGCAUGUGCCCCCUUUCUCAGGUGUGUGGCACCAAGUUUCCAUGAUGGUAAAGCUUGUAGAGCCUCAGGGCAGGGCAUCCCAGCUAGGCAGGCAGUGGCUCAGCUUCCAGGAGCAGACUGUAAAGAUACAUAGCAACGUCAGGCUAGUCCCCACCCCACCCUCUCUGAUGUCCCAGGAUCCCAGCAGGUUGGUGGACAGAGUAGGUUGCUAAAUUGUUCACAUUCAUAUAUGUUCAAAGUUUUCCUAGCAAUGGAAAGAGCAUAGUUGAAAACUCAAGUUCGCUCUCCACAUAGGAGACUGAGACUACACUGUGGCUCUUCUCAAGGGGGAGGCCCGGGGUGGGACUCAGGCACACAAACCUAGCAUAGCACACACAAGAGAGGGAAAGAACAAAAUCCUUCCCAGCGUGACGAGGUAACAGGAGCUCAGGGUUUAAAGCCAGAUCAUCAAAGCAAACAAAACAGGAAAAACAGUAGCUGACCAGCAAAGACUGUGUCAGCUAAAUACCAAGGCCUCAGGGUUAGGGCAAGCCCGGUUCAGCGGUCAAGGCCAGGAAUGGAGGCAGUGUGUAGAGAAAGAGUGCUGGCCCCAGGGUAACCAGGGACAGAACAGUGAACAAGUUAACAGGAUGGGAAAUGAAAUCCAGAUAAGGGAAAAAGAAAUCAUAAACAGGAAGGUCAAAUAGGAAACAGAGACUGUGAACAUAAACUUGUCAGUAAUUAGAGUAAACAUGAAUGCAUGAAACAUUAAAUGACGGAAAGGCAUAAUUUUGACUGUACUGUACAGGAGACAAGCUAACCAGGUGUCACCACUAACACGGGGCAAAGGGGAUGUCCAGAGUAGGAACACCUAGUUAAUAACACAGCUUCAGAGUGCAUCCCCCGAAGUUCAGACAUAAUUAAAGGACAACAGACAAAUGCAAACACUGUUUCGUCAGUAACUGAUGGAGUAAGACUACGGAAGGCCUGUGUGUACCAGCAUACCCGCCAUGGGGGCCUGCAGCAUUGUGGGAAAGUCAUCUCUAUCAGGCACACCUGAACUGUCUCCUAGGGCUGGACGUAUCCCACAGGCCAGGAAAAGCCCAAGGGUUGAGAUGGACUGGCUGACUGGAAUGUUCCUCUGUCCCUGACUCACUUAGGACUCCAGCGUGAGGCUGGGCUUCCGAAGGCUCGGGUUUUAUAAGGGCAGGGAGUCCAAGGCCUACGCCACAGCUAACAUCCACGGCCAAGAUAGGUGGAGCGGGCAAGCACAGGCAGUCAAGAGGACUGAGGACCCAGCGGGACAGAAGUCCAGGGGAGACACGGAAGCCUGAGGGGACAGGUGUCCUCAGAGAAACAGAACCCCCAAUAGGAGGUACAUGCAGGCAGGGAGUGGUAGUUAGACCAGAGCUCAGAACAGCAGACAGCACAGGCCCCAUGUAUCAGAAUACUUGUUACCUUUGUAGCCAGCUGGGGUCUGGGCACGCCAAGGAGGUCACACAGGUGAUUCCGCUGCCCUCUUACAACUGGAAGCUCUGCGUCCCUAGGAAGGAAAGCAUUUGAGUGUCCCCUAUGCCAACAUGGUUCCGCUUCUUCCCCCAGAGUAGAUACCAGGGCCCAUACCCUGUUCUAGGAACAUACAGAAGAGAUGUGACCUGAGGCUAAGAGGCUUCAUUAGAACUCAGUUGCUGACUUUGGAAUAGAAAAGUACAAAGGAGGUUUUGUGUGUAAGAGUAAAAAUAAUCCUCUGUAAACCAGGUGUCAGGUUCUUCAGAGUUCCUAACACCCAUGAAGGGCAACUCACAACCACCUGUAACCCCGGCUCCAGGGGGAUUUGGACAUCUUUUUUUGGCCUCGGCAGGCAACUGCACUCACAUAUGCAAGCCCUGACACAUGCAUACACAGUUCUCCCUCCCUGCUGUCUUUUCUCAAGAUGAGUGUUUUAGGAAGUUGGAAGCAAUGCCCAUUGUCUCCUCAGAAGGCACUGAGUUAAGUUUCUACUGACAGCAAAGACCUUGAAAUGCCUUCUGGCCUUCCAGGCCCCCACAGCUCUCACCUAGGCACAUCCUAGCAUGAGCUCCUAUGGAGAUCGCUGUUCUGGGGAGCAUGCAUGAAUACAUCACAAACCCUCACUCGCUACCCCAACAGACCUGCCAGCAUUUGAGGUCAGCAAUAUCCCUCUCCAUCAGUCUGACUGGACAGUGUCCACAGUAGCAGCAACUUGGGCUACACCUGGCUGUGCCUCCCAAAUAGUAUAUCUAGCACAGGGGACAAGCCAGCUUAAAGUGCACCUGUGCGCACAUGCCUGGAUCACAGGUCAUAUAAGGUAACUGCUUCCAGGCUCAGGCUGGAGCAUCUGAUAAUCACACCCACAGGCUGUACACCCCACCAUCUCCUCUCCACUUCUUGACUUUGAAGACAAGUCUCUAAGGCCAUUAAAACAGGAAAGAUCACAUGGCCCUUGGAGUAGGAAAAUAAAAGUUGCUAACUGACACCCACUUGGUGGCAUCCUGAUGGCCCUGUAUUCGAGUUACUGAAAAACACCAGCUUCUGAGCCACCCUGCCCACCUUGCUUACAAGAGGAGAAAAACAGGUAAGCGUUAAACAUUUUCCUGAAGCUCCCAGGAUGUGUCUGUCCUCAGCCUUUUGUGAAGCUGUUGAGAGUUAGAAAUGUCUCCCCUCUUUCCAUCAGAAGCUAGGGGGACCGGAGAAAAGUGGCACCAGCCCAGGCAGGCCCUACUUACCAGACUGUGUCACUGAGCACAGACAUGACCUCAUCAAGCACGUCUGCAUCUACCAAGUCACUAUAGGUGAGCACCAUCUCGUACAGCUGGCUUGCUGUGGCCUUCCGGAUCUGGGACAAGAACAGCAGGUCAACAGGAGGAAAACCAUCACCACCUAGGGAGCCCAAGGGGUCUUACGAAGGUUCGUGAAAGGAGGGAAAAGAAUUUGGCCACAGCCCAGACAUGCAGCAGAAGGAAGAUCUGCAGCCUCUGUCAGAAGGGUCUCCUACCUGGGAGUCCGUCCCUCUUGCUAGUGUCCUGUGACAAACUGUUCAGAUGAUCUUGUCUACCCCAGUAAAGUGCCUUUCUGACAAAGAGGCUAAGCUGUGGACCAUGGCUGCAGGGCUGCCCGCGCCAGGAAACCAUCUCACCCUGUGUUUACUUCCAAACCUACUUCAAAGUCACACCAACACACACUUGUCUUUAAAGGCCAUACAUAAGCACGGACCUUUAGAUGGUCUUGAGGUGGGGUGGGCACUCACCACAGGGAAAGGGUGGCCAAGGAGGAUGAACAGCUGCAGAAGGACCUUCUGUCGGACAUCACCAUUGAACUGCACCAUCCCACAGAGCCUGCAGAAAGCCCACACUCGUUACCCGAGGACCCAAGACACAUGUGAGACCCAACAAGUACACAGCAUAAACAUUGAGCCAUGUGCUAAUGUGUGUGUACCUAUAUACACAAGUGUGUGUAGUGCUAAUGUGCUUCCAUGUGGUAUACAGUCAUGUAUCCAAGUGUGCACUCUUCGUGUUAGCAUGUGCCUGUGUGUAUUUAUCAGAUUGCCUACACAUGACCAGUGUUCUCUGCCAGUGUGUACUUGCCCAUGUGCCAAGAUGCCUGAACUGGUGUAGUUGUGUUCACAUUCCUUGGGCAUAUACGUAAGGUGAGAGAUGGAGCUCUCCUGUCAGGUUGACCCUCCUCCAAGAUAGUAGUCGUCUGACCUUUCCCUUCCUCAGUGAACACUCCAGCAGUCCAUCUUUUAAACAGCUUUGUGAUCAAAAUUGUAUCUCCCACCAAGUCCCUCCGUCUCCACCCAGGAACACUUAAAACUCACACUGCAAUGCUUGACUGAAGCUUCUGGACGUCUUUGGACUUCCUGAUUUCUUCCUUACAAAGUGUGAGCAACUUCACACAAAAGGGGUGGCUUGAAGGGGAAAACAGUAUUGUAAGAAGGUCUUUCAUAGGAAUACAGAGCAAUAUGGUUCAUGCUGUGCUGGCACCAACUAA